CGAGUUAAGGGUAAAACUUGAAUAGUGUUGGGGAAGAAAGGUUGGCUGGAGUGAGUGAGUGAGAGAGAGAGAGAGAGAGAGUUUGAUAGAAAAAAAUGGCGUGGAGUGCGACGAUGAUCGGAGCAUUGCUGGGACUUGGCACCCAGAUGUACUCUAAUGCCCUUCGCAAACUUCCCUAUAUGCGUCAUCCAUGGGAGCAUGUGCUUGGAAUGGGAUUGGGAGCAGUGUUCGUGAACCAGCUGGUGAAAUGGGAAGCUCAGCUUGAACAAGACCUCGAUAAGAUGCUCGAGAAAGCCAAGGCCGCCAACGAGCGCCGCUACUUUGAUGAAGAUGAUGAUUAGUCCCCCCUCUCGUUGACGAAUUUUGGCAUUGUGUGGACAAGAAAUUCAUGUUUGCAGAAAAAUGUUGUCACAGAACGAUAUUUAUCAUGGACAAAAUACAAUUGCUGGAAUUUUGUUUUUCAGUUGCUCUUGUAAAGGUUCUCAGAACUUUUCUAACUUUUACUGAGGUGGCUUAAGUUUCAACUUGGAUAAUAAUUUGAAGCAAUUGGGUGGUUUUCUGCUAAAAUAACUGUGUAGAGAUGAUAUCAAUAUCACACUUCAUAAGUUGUGUUUUGAAA